AUGCAGUCCUUCCUCUUCCUUGGUCUCCUGCCCCUGCUGGCGCUCGCGGCGCCCAGCGAGCCCUCGCUCGAGAAGAGAGCCAUCACCUGUCUGAAGGUCGGCUCCACCGCAACGGCGACGUGGAAGAAUAGCGCCGGCAAGACCUGCAAGUGGACCGGAACCGUGGGCAGCAACUUCGGAACCAACUCGGGGAACGGUGGAGACUACUCGUGCAAUGGCCGUUGUGGUGCCGGAUGCAGCGGCGCCUCCCUUGGCAAUGCAUACACUCAGGACUGCUUCUCACAUGAUAUCUGCUCCUGGUUCAACAACGCCAGCGGCGGCUCAAGCGACGCCAACUGCGGUGCGGCGUAUGACGCGGCGGUCGACGAUACUGUUGGAGGUGUCCUGGCUGGCUGCGGUGGAACGAACCCUUCGAACGCCGCGUCGCCUCCCAAGACUUCGCCAACUUGCAGUUAG